AAAACGGAUUCCAACGCUCCACUUGACAUUACCAAGGCAGCCAGAUUUGCCGUUUUUAUGGUACAGUAAACAUCAGAAUACCGUGAAGAGGCUCAAUGACGGUUUCCAGCCAUGCAAUGUUCUUGGAAGGCUGUCCUCUUACUAGCGCUAGCCUCCAUUGCCAUUCAGUACACAGCCAUCCGGACCUUUACCACCAAAUCCUUUCACAUGUGCCCAAUCCCCAAUCCAAAUAAUUGUAGCCCUGGACAAGACCCAACCGAAUCUCCCGAUCGCCUCUGUGAAGAUGGUCAGUUGAUAACCUCAAAUUUUUCGAGAAAAACUCAUAUCCUAAUCUUGGCUACUACUCGCAGUGGAUCUUCCUUUGUAGGACAGCUCUUUAAUCAACACACAGAUGUUUUCUAUUUGUUCGAGCCACUUUACCAUGUUCAGUAUACCCUGAUACCCAAAAUGACUCCUAGCAAGAGCGUCACCGACCGGCGAGUGAUGUUGGGCGCAAGUAGAGACCUUUUAAGAAGUCUUUAUGACUGUGACUUGUAUUUUAUGGAGAACUACAUAAAGCCACAACCAAUCAACCAUACCACAGACAGGUUAUUCAGAAGAGGGGCCAGCAAAGCUCUGUGCUCUCCCCCGGUCUGUGAUGCACUGGGACCCACCGAUAUUUACCUAGAAGAGGGAGACUGUGUUAAGAAAUGUGGAAGCCUAAACCUAACUCUGGCAAUGGAAUCUUGUAAAGAGCAUGGACAUGUGGCCAUCAAAACAGUGCGUGUUCCAGAGGUUAAUGACUUACGAGCACUGGUGGAAGAUCCCAGGCUGAACUUAAAGGUGAUCCAGUUGGUAAGAGACCCAAGAGGUAUAUUAGCUUCUCGUAGUGAGACAUUCCGGGACACCUAUAGGUUGUGGAGGAUCUGGAGGGCCACUGGUCGUAGACCGUACAAUUUAGACUCAACCCAGCUGACAACGGUCUGUGAGGACUUCUUGAAUUCUGUGUCUACAGGGUUAAGCCGGCCACUCUGGUUAAAGGGGCGAUACAUGCUCUUGAGAUAUGAAGAUCUGGCCCGAAACCCCAUGAAAAAAAUGGAGGAGAUCUAUGACUUUGUGGGUAUUCCAUUGGAUGCCAAUGUCGAAAGAUGGAUCCUGAAUAACACCCGAGGAGACCAAUCCUCUGCCAGACACAAAUAUGGCACAGUAAGAAACUCUGCCGCCACAGCCGAAAGCUGGAGACUAACAUUAUCCUACGACAUUGUAGAAUUCACCCAGAACGCCUGUCGACAAGUACUGGUCCAACUGGGUUACAAAACUGUGAGUUCUUCCCAGGACUUGAGGAACCUUUCCUACAGCCUCAUUGAGGACAGAUCCUUUGCCCCUUUUUUGUGA